AUGACUGCUCAAACCCCCUCAGGGAAGGCGCAUUGCGCUGAUCAUCAGACGGCUGAUAUGUCGUUGUGGGAACUACCAGUGGAUGAACCGUUUCCCCUCGUACAGUUGGUACUUUCUAUCCAUACACUUUACAAUCUCCCGCCGGAACUGGGCCGACUUGACCCACGCUAUGAGCAAUUAGAAAUUGUGAUGUGGCCGGUUGUGAAGUACACAUAUCGUGAGCGGCGAAUCAUGCAUCUCCCAUUACCGGAGCACGUCUUUCCUGUCUCUGUUACCGCCAUGGUGUUGCGAGGUGACACAUAUUUGAUUGACUUUGAUGGUAUAAAGAAGGAUGCCACAUGUGAGUCAAGCACUUCACUGAGCAGUUCUCCAUCAUUGGAAGCCCCAGAGGGAAGCAGUGGCGAGCAACCCGUUAUUGUAAAGGGAAACUCCGCCACGCUACAGUUCCCGUGUCCCACUGGGUUGAGGGCGGUGGUUCGGGUCUCAAUUGGAGUCCGCCAGCGCCGGUUAGGCUUCUCUGCAGUGCGGUGGAUCACUGAAAACGCAAAUCCACGUACCACAUCGGAUGGCAUUGGCGUCUUUUCAGUUGCAACGGAGGAGGUUUAUCGGACGAAGUUAGUCACACGUGUUGUGGGCCACAGCGUUGGUGCCAUGAUUUGCUCUCUUGGGGUCAACCCGUAUGAUGGUCGCGACGUUAUUGUGCAGCGCCUCCUACGCGACAAGGAGCGGUUUACUUCCACAUACGUCUCCCAGAGGCCCGUGCUGGAAAAGGCGAAUGUAGAGGCGAUGCUGCGAGAUGGCUACAGUGAGCAGCUGAUUUACCGUCACAUGCUUUUGCUUGUCGAACCCAAUCACUACAAGAUGAGGUUGGAAGCCCUAUUCACAAUGUACGAUCUCAAUAGGCGCCCGAGUUGGUGGAGAGACUCGUUGCUUCAGACUGAUUACAUUCUGCGGGAGGAGGAACUUAUUCGACGUGUGUGUGUAGAGAUCGGACCUGAAUGCAGUGCAACAUCCCCACGCUACCGUCUGUGGGCGUUCCGCAAAAAGUAUUCCCUCAGUGAGACGAGUAUUGUUUCAUGCUUGCGGCCCAUUAUCAACUCCAGUGUUACUGAAGCACUUCUCUCCGAACCGGGGACCAUUUUCGCUGCACUCACUCGCCGUUUCGGGUGCGAACCGCUGCCAACGGCGUAUCUCUUUCCACCGCGAAGUUACGAAGGGGAGUAUCGUACAUUUAUCUUUGAAGCACUGAGCCUUCCGCUGGGGCCGUUUAUGGGUAAGUACACUGACGUGUCACACAUCGCACGGGCCAAAAGGGCCCCUUUCACAUCGUCACCGUACGAGCAGCCGCUUGCAAAGGUUGCGGCGGGAAGUCCGCACGGUGGCGUGAUGAGUGAAGUGGAUGCACUGCGCGCGAAGCAUGCACCGGAGUUUGUACAGAUUGUGCCUCCUAUUGCCGCUGCGUUACGCGCCGUAGUGGAGCAGAGUGGGAAGUUACCACUGGAACAACAAGAAAAGGCGAACGCGGUAACACAUAUCUUCUGUGAGAGGCAAAUGUCCCCGCAGGGGCCCUUCCAUGAUUUCAUGCACCGACUGGCGGAUCUGACGUUUAUUUCACCCGCUACACUUCUUGGAGCGGCAAUACUCCUUGACCGCCUCUGUAUGCGGCGGCCUGAUAUCCUUGUCACGGAGUUGAAUGCACCACGUCUCUUCCUCACCUCUGCGCGCGUUGUGUCGAAGGUUCUGGAGCUGCGGAGCGUCAGCAACCGUUGCUUCGCCAACGCCUUCGGGGUGAAUACCAAGACGCUUAACCUGUGGGAAGAAUUCUUUAUCAAGAUGCUCAAGUUUGACCUCUGCAUUAAGCCACAGGAAUUCAAGGAGUACACAAACUUACUUUUUACGUCGGGUGCCCCGCCAGUGCGGGUAGCGGCUUCUCCAAUAUCGAGAUUCCGCAUUCAUAACGACAAUUUGUGCACGCGGAUGGGGUCUCUAACGCGGAAAUGUGAAGCAACAACAGCGCUGUCGAGCAGGUCCCUCCGCUCCACAGCCGUUGAAAUACCAAACAUGUACACCUACAACAAAAGGUACGGCCCGAGGCAAGGCGCAGAUACUGGUUUGGAUGGCAGCAAUGUUGUUAUUGGGCGUGAGGAUGAUGCAAGAAACGCUAGUGCUGCACGGGACAUAAAAGCUGCAGCAGGAGGCUCGGGCGGCUCAUUGAGUACUUUUGAAGCUGGAACUAUGGGUUGUUUAUCACACGUAAAUGACGUGGGGAUCCGACGGGGUACAGAACCGACCAUUUUGCCUCGAAAAAUAUGCAAUGGAAGGAAUUUGAGCCCCUGUCUGACCGUGGCAAGGCGAGGGAGUUGA